GUCAGAAUUGUUUUUGUUUACAUCGAAUCCUUCGCCAAAGCAAAUAGAUUCAAAUUUGUUUCCCAUUCCAAAAAAGACUGAUUCCAAUAAUGGAAUGCUGUGUUCCAGAUUGUGUCAACAAAUUCCAACAGUGGGUGGUUCAAUUUCCGCAGGAUGAGGAACUGGUAGCACGAUGGAAGGCUGCAAUUUACGCAGGAACUGGUCAGUAUCUGUCGGAUGGAAGUUCUACAAAUGCUGUUCGCAUGGUUUGUAAUCUACACUUUCCAAUGGCAGAUGAAGAUAAUUAUCAGGAACCGCUACUCUUCUUCAGAGACAGCAUAAAUGUACAAGUAGAUAAUUGUCGCUUGUGUCUCAGCUAUGAUACGGUAGUGAAUAUGCUCGACAAAAAUGUCGAGUUUGUUCAAGACUGCUCUCUCCAAUGGAUGGCCAAUAAGUAUUUUAACGCAAUACUGACAAGCGACAAACCGGACGAUCGAGGAUACUUCUGUAAGAGCUGUGUUAAUCAGAUCAACGCAACUCAUGUCUUUUAUCUGAAAGUGAACAAAGCUAUGGAAGAAUUUGAACUGCUGCAGCAAAAGAUUGCAAAAGAGAAUGUCUGUGUGAAGAAACCUGGGGGAAUAACCCAAAUAUCUGAUACUCGGACGCCUAUCGUAACAAUACCUGUAGAAAUUGCGCUUGUGAAACAAGAAACCGAAACGAAGCGAUAUUUGAUCGACGAAUCACUACAUGAGAAUGAAAGCGGGCCAAUUGAAGGAAUAAUAAUCAAGGAGGAGAUUCAGAUCGAUGAACCGUCAUCACCGCAAUCGGAUGGAUCCGAACUUACCUUGCAUGGAACGGUAAUAACGCGUCAGAUCUCUCAUCAAAAUGAAAGAACAACGCGUUGUUUGGUGUGUGAAAAGUCGUUUGCGUCGACACGAAAUCUCGAGCGACAUAUUAUUAAUGUCCACCAGAAAGAUGUGUAUAAAUGCAAAUUCUGCAAUGUUACGAAUGACGAUGAGCGAUUCGUAAUCGAUCAUAUUAAUGAGCAACAUUCCGCCAAAGCAUCCGACCUGUUUAUUAAUUGUUUUGUAUGUGGGGAACAAUUUCUCACGCACAGAUCGGUGAAAAUGCACAAGAGGACACAUACCGAGGCGGAAAUAAUGGCCAGCAAGAAGAAUCUCGGUGAGAAUAGGAAAGCGACUACUUGCAAGGAGUGUGGUGCAUCAUUUGCACACGCCAAGCAGAUUGUAGACCACUUCAAGGAGGCUCAUCCCACGGUGGAGUUAGAAUUUUAUCCUUGCACGAAAUGUGAUGCAGUAUUUUUCCAGCGGAAAUCCUUCUUCAGUCACCAAUACGCUCAUAGCAACAGAUACGCUUGCAAUCUGUGCGGCAGACGACACUACUCGAAGGCAAGAAUGGCAAUGCAUCAACAGACUAUCCACGGGAUUCCGUUGCCGAGUGAUUUCUACGAUACAUGCCCGAUUUGCAAUCAGCAAUUUUUCCGAGCUCACGGCUGGGAGCGUCACUUACGGACCCACAAGGAUCAUCCCAAGGAAGAAAAAAGGCUCGCAUGCGAAACGUGCGGAAAGCUCUUCGGGGGUUUGAAACAAUUGCGCAUUCAUGAAUUCAGUCAUAGUGGGGACAAACCGUCGAUCUGUUCGAUCUGUGGGAAACGAUUUGCCGCGUCGGCCUCGCUGCACCGACACGAGAAAACUUGUCAGGCGAAAGUCGAUGCGGAGACUGCAAAAAAAUAAUUGUUUUUUCUCGAAAUGCAAUUAUUUGUUACAAUUAAAUUAAGAAAAGUAAAUUAUAUCAAUGAUUCUAAG